AUGUCUGCAGCUUCUGCAAACAGUACAAUGGUAUCUUCUGGAAAAGAUAAUUCCAAUUCAGCCAAUGUUGCGUCGUCGGUCACUUCGGUGUCUCCUUCUGGACUAGUUCCUUCAAAUCGAUCCGUGUAUGGCGUUUGGGAUUUUUUUAAUAUACAAGUCCCUACAGUGUCUUUCACCUCAGUUUCCUACAUGUUGAUCGCCGUGACGAUCUUAAUGCUCGCUUUAGCAAUCGUGCACAAGCAUGUGGCCAAGCCCGGUUGGAAACCAAGUUCCCAACAGCUAAGCGAAAAAUUUAGAUUGUACAUGGCUGGAUCCAUGGUAGGGGAUGCUACUCGGAGAAUGUUCAAUGGAUGGACAAGGUCACGACAAGAUUCCGUGACGAUUUCAACUAGGGACGAAAAAAACAGACGAGAUAUUUCGUCAUCAUCUUCAAUAUCCUUGUCACCGUCCGAGUUACCAAUGCAUGAUGCAUCACCGAGAGUAUACAAAAAAGCUUCGAAGCGUCCGAAUUCUCGUUUAAAAACACCAGUACCUUCAUCUAUAGAUGAUAAUCCAUCUGCUGCUUCAUCUAACGAUGAUCAAACGAUCGAUCAAUCUACGGAAAUAGAUGAGUCAAAAACAACCGUGACGAUAAAUGUUUCAGACCCUCGAUCAGAGCAAUCUAUUCUUGUAACACAUCAAGAAAUUAAUUACGAAAUUGAAGGGAUUCCUGAAAAUCAUAACGGUCAAAAAGCUGCGCAAGAGCAAAUUAAUUCGAGAAACGGAUCUUGUCAAAAUGAUAGCGAGAUAAAUAAUCCUAUAACAUUUGACGUUUUAUCCAUACCUACAACGAAUGAUUUAUUGGUACAAGUGCAUAAAAAAAAUUCAAAACCACGAUUGAGAGUGCAGCGACCACAAAAAGAUCAAACUGUUGUUACUACACAAGAAAGUGAGGGUGAAAUUGAAUCACCUUCUACACCAACUGCACCUAAAAUUUCUACACAAGAUGAAAAUUUUGUAAAACCUGUACAUAGGAGACGACGAAGAAAAACUAAAAAUUCUAAAAAUAACACGCAGCAGAACUCACAAGAAAAUAAUAAUUCAGAACAACGAUCGGCUAAACCUGAUACAUCGUCGAAGCAUGAUCAUGUGCAACAAAAUGUCAAUGGAUUGCCAAGACAACGCCAAUCUGAUGAGAUGUCAUAUACCAAUUGGGAUAAAUCAUCACACGACCAACAUAUUCAUCUGCAGCAACCUCGUCAAAUAGUUAAUAAUAUUUGGCAAAAACCCUUGCACACCGAACCAGCACAAUAUCAAACGCAAGCUCACCAUGCACAGCAGCGUUCGGAUCAAUCUGCAUAUUAUAUGCAAGGAAAUAAACGAAAUGAUGCAGUUUUUCAAACAUCAAAUUCUAGUACAGUUAUUCCAGCUAAA